AUGGAAGAAAGAGCAACCAUCUUAGCAGCAAUCUCCACUCUCCCUCCUUCCCAACUCUCCCACCUCUCCCUCUCCCUCCUCUCAGCCACUCACCUCCACCGCCUUCGCCUCUCCUCCGUCCUCGCCUCCCCUUCUCUCUUCUCCGCCACCCUCCGCCACCUACACUCUAUCUCCCUCCCCGAAAAGUACCUCCUCAUCGCUCGCCACCUCCUCUUCUCUCUCCACCGGAUCACCACCCGCUUCCUCUCCGACCUCACCAUCCCAUCUCCGCCUUCGCCGCCUAUGUCCACCGCCAUUCGACAGAGAGACCUGAACGCCGUCCUCCUCCUCCUCUUUUUCUGCGAGACCCACCAACACAACCCCACAGUCCUGGAGGAGAAUUAUUCGGAUUGGAGGCUCAGCUUAUGUAAUAUUUUCUCUGAUCAGUUGCUGACAGCUGCUUAUUCUCCCGUUGGGGCGAGUACUUGGACGGCUCUGGCUCCUUACGUUGAUAUGGUGAGUCGGAGCUGGAGACUUGUGAAGAUAAGUUGCGGCGGGGGAAGAAGGGGGCGUCGCCGGAGACGAUGGCGGGACUUCCGGGCGUAG